UCGCUAAUUGCAUUAGUGCAGAAUCGCCAAAUGUCAAAUAUUCUAGCUUUGAACGUUCUAUGAUGUUAGUUUGAGAACGUUUAUCUACCAUUUUGACUCGUAAUUUAAAAUCUUUUGAUUUUUUCUAGUUUUAUACUUAAUUCAGAUUAGUUCACGAACAUUUAUGGUUGCCUCGUUUUAUAUGUAACUGCAGGGGGGACUUUUAACUUUCUUACUAUUUGUGCAUACCUCUUAGCUACCCAUAAAAUUAGUAUCAAAACAUUCCUAAACAAUUUGUUUACUCUCAGAUUGAUGUCACCAUGAAAGCCGUGAGGCGUAGGACGCGUUAAGCCUAGAAAUAUAAACAGCUUAAGUUAAUUCUUCAGACAUUUAUUUUGCUAAACUUAAUUCAAAAUAGUAAAUUCUGCUUCUAGUUCAAAUCGGAACGUCUUUUGUUUCAUUUAAUAACAUUUGAUUACCAAAACUCCCUCUCAUUCAUUUCGCUACACAGAACUUAGGGAAGAAUUACUCGAAAAAUCUAAAUUAUGACCAUGAUCAUAGCAUAAUCUUGGUACUCAGUUUUUCAUUAGAAAAAUUAAGUUUUUUAUAGAAAAAAAAUAAUUUAGCUUUUAUUAUAAAAAUUAACUGAAUGCUACAAAUUUUGUUUUUUGAAGUUGAAAACUAGCGGAAGUUAUUUGCGCCCUGUUUAGUUGCGUACUGGUUGUAACAUUAUCUCUAAAAUAAUUCUCAUCCCCAUAAGCAAGCCUUCGAGAUAUGUCUGGGCGAACGAACUCACAAACUGAAGUGGAUCCGUUUCUGGCGGUGUUGCAGAAAGUUCAGUCAGUUUUCGAGAAGAUCACGCAGAAAAAUGCGGAGCAGGAAUUCCAGCUUCUGGAGUUGGAGAGUGAUGCUGGUGAGAAGGCCUCCCGCAUGACGGCUGUGAAGGGAGGCAACUUCCGCAAAAACAGAUACAAGGAUAUUCUUCCAUUUGACUACAACCGAGUGACGGUGGACAGUGAGUUCAGAGGUGCAGACCACGACUACAUCAAUGCAUCAUACAUCACAGACUACAAUGGACUGAACCUGAUGGUAGCGAGUCAGGCACCCCUCCCUGGCACCGUGUUCGACUUCUGGCUCAUGUGCUGGACAAACAGAGUCAGUUCCAUCCUCAUGCUCUGCGACUUCCAGGAGAACGGACGGAAAAAGUGUGAGCAGUACUUUCCGACCAUCAUCAACGAGCCAUUUGAGACAGAUAAAUUCUUAGUAGAACUUGAGUCGUGUACCCCCUUGUUUGGAGAUCUGACAGUGAGACACCUGGUAGUGACUAGUCUAGUGCCAUCGAGUUCGGGCUGUACUGAGAAGCGUAAAGUGAAGCACGUGCAAUACACUGGGUGGCCUGACUUCGGAGUGUCCGGCCACUUCAACAAGAUAGAGACACUGCUGGACCAGCUGAGUGAGUUCCUGGAGGAGAAGCUAGAUGUGGCCACUGACUCAUACUACAUUCCACUUGUACACUGCAGCGCUGGCUGUGGUCGCACUGGCACAAUUGCAUGUCUUCUCUACAUUGCCAAGCUCAUACACAAUAAAAAACUGCACGAAGACUUCAGUCUAGUUGAUCUGGUGCUCCAACUGAGAAGAGAACGCCAGAACAUGGUCCAGACUAAAGGUCAGUAUGCGUUUCUGUGCGAGUACUUGUCCCAGUGGAUGCUGAAGAAGGAGAUUGAGAAGUACAGCAGACGCAUCCCGAAACCCACUCAAACAUCACCACAGCAACAACAACAACAACAAAAAGAACAACAACAACAACAACAACAACAACAACAACAGCAGCAGCAGCAGCAGCAGCAGCAGCCCAUUUCGCCCACCAGACAACACUAUGAGCGCAGCGGUGAACACUCAAGCUCAGCUUUGGACAGCCGAACGUCAGAAGAACACAUAGUAUUCGAACACAACAACAAUCUCAGCCCAGAAUCUCCACAUAUUUAUUCCACUCCAAAUCCUCAAAAGAAUGGCACUACCACAAGCAGUUCUACGAAUUCAUCGCACGAGCACCUACUGAUUGAUUUUGGAACUGAUGAUUGCUCGGUGAAAAGAGAAACAACGACAGCAAAUGCUUCGCCACGGCCAAAAUAUGCACUAAAUUUAAACCCAAACAACCCGUUUGGAGAUUUGAUCAGCGCUGAGCACGUCAAAAAACACAUAUCACCACGAAAUGAGGAACCCACUACUCCGACAAUACACAUCCAGCACAUGGACGCUUUUCAGCUCCCACCACCAUCCACUGGGUCCCCUCGCCGCGCGGCCGAAAAGCGAUCCGACACUUCCAAACUGAUUCGACGAUCACCAAUUCAAAAAGACAGAUCGUUGUCGCCGAGAGCAGCAACUCACGAAAGAGGAUCUGAAAUCAGCUCCGGUGUGGCGUCUUCGGAUCAGCCGAAAGGCGAGAGCGAAUACAUCAGUUUAACCGAGUGCUCUUCGGGUGUCGCAGAAGGUAGUGGGAUCAAUGUGACCGCAGACGGCUCAAACUCGCAGUCUUCUCGGAGUGAAAACGAGUCUUCAUCUUGUAGCUCAGGUAGCUCGAAGGUAACGCGUUCGUUUGCAAGUCUCCUUCGCAACUCUUCCUUUCGGAGUCCAAACCGGGGCAAAGCGAGCAAAAUUCAAAACUCAGCUCACAGCGGAAUAACUGGAAUAUCAAAUAUGAGAUCUUGCGUAUCAAAUGAAAACUUAUCUGAAAUUAGUUAGUAAUUUUAAUUGAGAAAGAAUACAUUUGAAUUAAUUCUGAAGUUAUUUCAAAUGAUGCCUUUCAAAUGAUGACUUCGGCAUGAUACAUUUUUAUUUGGAAAAUUCAACUAGCAUUGGUUGAGCUGCGGUAAAGAAGCUCAUUUGUGAGCCGAUCAAUGGAAAGUUCCCUGGUUCGAGGCUUCAUCUGAUUCGUACUCGUUACUUGAUGGCAAAAGAAACGUUUCACAGCCAAGCAGUUAUCGAAAAAAUGAAUGUUACUCUAAAACAGAUACAAGAUAACUACCAGAAAAUACUUUUAAAAAUAAUUUAAAUUGUAGCAAAGUGCUUACAUUGUAAUAAACACCAUCUUUAUACAUUUCCAUCUCUUACUGUUAGAAGAAUAAGCUCUUUGGACAAUUUUUGAUUCAAUAAUGCCGAGAAGUUCUGGUAUGCUCAUAGCUCAUCCUUGGUGUUCAGAACAAUGUUUGAAAAAAUCAAAUAACUAUGCACAAUAUUCCAUAAAUUUUUCAAUUAAACUAUCUAAUGUUUAUGGUAAUUAUGAGAAAAAUUAUUAGUUAAUUUGUUGUG